GCAAUCCCCUCCCAGCAGCAAUGGUGCAUAGGUUCUUCCCCUGCACGUCCUCCGCCCCGCCGCCGGCCGAGAGCACCGGCAUCGCCCUCGUCUCUGGUCCUCCUUGCUGCGGGAAGACCUCGCUUCUCUUCCAGUUCGCGAUAAACCGUGCGACGGAGAGUGGACGAGGCGUGGUGUUCAUCUGCAGGAAGGGGAGACUGGAGAACAGCCCCCCUUUCUUGUCCCAUGGUAUUGAUCCGUCACACAGUGUGCUUCAGAGAAUCCACAUCAAAUACGUUGAAGAUGAUGAGGGUAUCAGAAAGUACUUUGCUGCAUUCCACCUGCUUGACAGCUUUCCUGCUGCCGUCAUUGUUGAUGAUUUUGCAGAUUUCUUCUCGGAAAGGAGCUGCCAGCAAAGAUAUGGAAAUGCUAGGGCUCGGGAUCUAGCAGUGAUUCGCAUGUUAGCUCUAUGUCAAAAUGCCAUUACGCAUGCCAAUGCAAAGCUCGGAACCCCUGGGUCUUGUAAUCUCUUGCUCUCUGAUGUACAUCAAGGUGACACCCCAAGAUCCCUGUUCAUUUACAAGAGAUGGAUAAGUUCAAUAUAUACAAUCCAAGGUGAUGGCCUAGGAUCCUACAUCCUCAAGAGCAUUAACAGUUCAGAAUGUGGGUCCAAAGGAAGAAGAGCCAAGUAUUCAAUAGCACUGCAAUAUCUAGUGCUUGAACAUAUUGGUUAUGCAUAGAUCAUGUUCUUUUGUUCAGCCCCAGCACCCCUAGAUGUAGAAUCAUACCUUAGAGAAGCAGAACAAGAAGUCUGCAACAGCAGGCAGCAACUUAUGAAUGCAUGAAGAGUAUCAAUUCCUACCGGCACAACUGUUGAGUUUGUUGUAAAUGAGACUGCAUGUUCACUUGAAUGCUAUUAGGUGAAUAGAUACUGUUCGGCUUUAGGAAGACACGAUCUCCAGAUACCCCAUUUUUAUUUUUAUCCAGGAAACCCAGUAACUGUUCCUUCUACAUAGUAGUCAGAUUAAUAUAUACAGAUUUGAGAUUUAGUUUUUAGGAAAUACGGCCGUUUUAUCUCCCAGUAAAUGUUUAUUUGCUACCAAGUAAUUUUGUUUGAUUCUCCUUUUGACAAAAGAAAAGAAAAGGGUGUGU